AUGCAGGACGCUAUGGGCUAUGAGUUACCCUGGGUGUACUUUGUCAGUCUGGUCAUCUUUGGAUCCUUUUUCGUUCUUAAUCUGGUUCUUGGUGUGUUGAGCGGGGAGUUUUCUAAAGAGAGAGAAAAAGCAAAAGCUCGGGGUGACUUUCAGAAGCUAAGAGAGAAACAACAACUGGAGGAGGACCUAAAGGGAUAUCUAGACUGGAUAACUCAGGCAGAAGAUAUAGAUCCAGAAAAUGAAGACGAAGGCAUGGAUGAAGAGAAGCCCCGAAACAGAAACACUCCAGCCGAUAAGAAGAAAGGAAGGUUUGCUUGGUUUAGUCACUCCACAGAAACUCAUGGCACCGGAUUUCUAAAUCUAAGUUUAGCCGCUACUGGCGCAGAUGGAAUCGAUUCUGUAGACGGAAAUGUCGCGCUGCUGUCAAAUCCAAUGUGUUCUAUUGGCUUGUGAUCUUCCUGGUGUUUCUCAACACACUUGCCAUUGCCUCUGAGCAUUACAACCAACCAGACUGGCUCACUGAAGUCCAAG